AUGCGUGUCUCUCCAUUCCUCCCUCUUCUGCCCUUGGCAACAGCGGCACCUCUGCUUGCUCCCAGAGAAGAUGCCGAAGUUAUCCCCGGAAAAUAUAUUGUCGUUCUGAAGCCCGAGGCUGAGGAGUCAGCCUUCUCAAGUCUGCUCGACCUGUUCGACAACGCGGCAGACCAUGUCUACAACAUUGGUACAUUCAAGGGUGCAGCUGGCAGCUUGACUGAUGCUCUAUUAAAGACGGUGCAGAACCUGGAUUCGGUUGCGUACAUCGAGCCAAACACUGUUGUCCACACCGCUGCUGUCACUCAAUCCAAUGCUCCCUGGGGUCUCGGCAGGAUAUCGCACCGCGAGACGGGCUCCACUGAAUACGUCUACGACGAGUCCGCUGGAGAAGACACCUGCUCUUUCAUCAUCGACACGGGCAUUUAUGUCGACCACCCGGAAUUCGAAGGUCGUGCAACCUUCCUCGAGGACUUCUCUGGCGAGAACAAGAAGGAGGAUGGCAACGGCCAUGGAACUCACGUCGCUGGCACGGUCGGCAGCAAGAGCUACGGUGUAGCCAAGAAGACGUCUCUCUUCGCCGUUAAGGUGCUUGGCGCAGAUGGCUCGGGUGAGAGCUCGGGCGUGAUCGCUGGAAUUGAGUUCGCGGCCAAGAACGCCACGGAGCGUGAGCAGGCAGGACAGUGUAAGAAGGGCUCUGUUGCGAACAUGAGUUUGGGCGGCAUCUACAACACGGCGCAGAAGGACGCAGUCAAGGCGGCGAUCGACGCUGGUCUAUUCAUGGCAGUCGCUGCGGGUAACGACGGAUUGCCGACGCUCUUUUUCAGCCCGGCCAACGAACCUUCAGCCUGCACGGUCGGCGCCACGGACAAGGACGACAAUUUGGCUUCGUUCAGCAACUGGGGCUCCCUGGUCGAUAUUCUGGCGCCGGGCGUUGACAUUGAGUCGACGUGGAACAAUGGAUCAACGAACAUAAUCUCCGGAACCUCGAUGGCCACUCCUCACAUCACCGGCCUUGGAGCGUAUCUCCUGGGUCUCGAGGAGCGCCGUGCCCCGCAAGCUUUGUGCGAACGCAUCCAGGAGCUGUCUUCCAAGGACAACAUUACGAUGUCGGCAGUAGCGGGAUUGGCGACGAAGAACUACCUUGCGUUCAACGGCAUUAGUGCUCAGUGA